AUGCCCAGGAUCAGGAUCACAGACAGAUACUACGAACUCCGGGCCGAGGGUUACCCACAGGCUGACGACAAUGGCACACCAAUCAACUCCAUGCCGGAGUCGAACCUCGAGCCUGAAGGCCACAGAGCACCAGCAAGAUACGAGAGGGCAGUAAGUGCAGAGCCAGAGGAUCACCAAGAGGGAACGUCAGCUGUUGUCGGUCAGGGAUCAUUCGACGACUCGGACCCAGAGGACCUUGAACACGACCGUGCAAUGGAAGAAGAGCGCCAGAGAUAUCGUGCUAAAAGGAGCUACUACAGGGCAGCAAGCGUGGAGCCCGAAGAGCGCAGCGAUGCGACGAGCUACGAACGAGCUGCAAGUCUGGAACCUGAUUACUUUCGAUUCUCAGCGAUGCAAGACGUGUUGGACAUACCCGAGCCAGCCGUCCUGCGCCUCCCCCACCGAAGCACCGAUCAUGAAGGCUCGCGCGGAGAAAACGCAGGAAGGAGGAUUACUCAACGUCUGGCUGAAUCGGAUGAAAUCAACUUCGACUCAAUUACGACGCUCCUACAAGGUCUGAAGCAGAGAGAAAUCUCAGUAGUCGGGCGAUCUACCAAUAUCAAAGAGUUUGACGAGCGUAAGCAUGAUGCCACAAUGCUUGACGUGUCCAUCUUGUACAAGACGACGAAGUCGGGCCUUGUUGACGAACAGCUUCUGCUGUCGAUAGAGUAUGUACUAAACGAGAACCCAGAUGUCAGCGAUCGCACCUACCUGCGCAACACGGUCCUGGAGCGCUUCUUAGUGGAUAUGGGUGCGAACAUGGUCAACCGUAAACAGGCUUUGAGGCUAGUUACGUUGUUUGCAGAGAAACACGACAUCACCGCUGAACGCCUGGUGAUCUCGAUUCCGGCCACUGAAUGCGGCAUGCGCGCUGCGAAACGCCUCCGGAACGAGCAUGCUUGUCUGGAAACCGGGACGAACAUUCUCAGUAUCAACCAUAUGAAGACUGAAUCUACCGCAAGCAUGCCGACGCGUCCCGAUAGCAGCUGGAGAGAUGUCUGGGCUUUGGGAGCGACACCUGGAGAAAUCAAUGCGGUCUGUGCAUUACUCAAACUGCGCAACUCGUCGACCAAGCUGCUCAUUUCCAACAUGCGUCAGUUGGAUGACUUAGCGUUCCUACCUGAUAUCCACGGCGUCAUCCUGGACACCGCCGACGCCGAGAAAGCAAACGAACUGCGAUUGCCCUUCCAUGCCAAGUCCGACGAGGAGGCAGCUGCCAAGGCGCAAGCAGUACUAUAUCCUUCCUCUUACCUAUUGGAAGACGGAGCCUUGCUUGCAAGCUUACCCCAGUCGGAGAAAGAUCAACAUGUGUCGCGAUUCGUGAUGAGCAACGAAGCAGAACACUUGAUAGCGUAUCAGCGCAAGCUGGAAGAGAAGAUCGAGGAAGCACUGGCGUACCGCAUCUGGAUUCGGGAUUUGGACCCUCAGGAGCUGGAGGCGAUGUAUCGCGACGACGUCUUGAAGGAAGAUCGACGUCAGCAAAGGGAAGAAUAUUUCAGAAAGGUGGAACUGCCAGAAAAAAUCGAGGAGCCCAGUCCUCGGACAAAUCACGUCGGGUAUCGAAUGGCGAAGACGACCUGGGAUUUGGCUUUCAAAGCUUAG